AGGGGCGCCGCGGGCUCCGCGCGGCCUCUUGGGGCAGCCGCUGGGGCCCGAGGGCUCCGCAGGCCCAGGGGCGGGCAGGGCUGGGCUGGGACGGGCCGGACGCUGCGCCUCCCCCGGCAGGACCGCAGCCCGAUCCUGCGCGGCCUCCGGAGAGCCGGGCGCUGCCGGCGGAGGAUCUUAACUUGCCAAGAUGCCCAUCAACGUUAAUGAUGUGAUGCAACUGUUCUGCCAUCUCUCUCAGGAGAAGGGGAUGAAAGCUGCUAUCAAACACUCUGGCCAAGGAGCACUGCUGGCGGGUGCAACAGCAUUUAUUGGGGGUCUGGUGGGAGGUCCACCUGGAAUUGCUGUAGGAGGAGCAUUUGGUGGAUUGCUUGGUGCCUGGAUGAGUACUGGACAGUUCAAGCCGGUCCCUCAGAUUUUAUUGGAAUUGCCUCCUGCUGAGCAGCAGAAACUCUAUGAUGAAGCUGUUGUUAUUCUCAGAAACUUAGACUGGACUGAUAUUGCUCAGCUGACUACUCUUGUAAUGGGAAGUGCUAGUCUGCAGCAGAAGUUGACAGCAGUGCUGAUAAAUUACCUCUCCAAAGAGCUAAGAGCAGAGAUACAGUAUGGAGAAUAAACCUUUCCAGAGCAGGCUUUUUACAGUGUAAUGAAUUUUACUCUGACAAUUGUGAUUCUUCAACAUAGCAAGUAUCUAGUAAUCUGUACCAAUUUUGAAUGUAGACAGAUCUAAGUAUUGGGUUGGGGUGUUUUUGUUUUGUUUUGUAAGGGUAAUAUUAGAUAACUGCAAUAUCCUGACACUGACUCGCUAUGUAACUUUGAAUUACUCUGCACUAGGACUGAAUUCAAAGUCACUGAAGGGAAUGGUACUUCUCUUAUGCUAAUCUACCACUAGUUCAAAUUUUGAAAGUCGUCGUGUUUUAUUUGGGAGAUUUAACCAAGUUUGUGUGAGUGCUUUAUUUUUCUCCUGUGAACGACAUCUAGGUGCCAAAGUAGCUAGAGAGCUUGGAGGGAUUUUAGCUCCUGUUUCAGUGCUGCAAAAGAAAGUCAAAGAGUACAUUGUUCUACUGUGAACUCAAAAGAUCUCAAUCUUUGUUGCAUUUUUAGUGUAAUUCUUAAGUUAUUUAUUCUUUUAUGUAAGAAGUGAAGCCAGUGCCUAAAAAAGAGUUAAAGCCACACCUAAACAAACUGUGCACAAGUAGUAGUUGCACAGUUAGUAGAAGGGAAAGGCAUGGCAAGAAUACAGUUUUUAAAAAACUAGGAAGUGAGGAGCUGAAUCUACCAAUUUUGUACUAUUCCUGGGAUUAGGUUUAUCAUUUCAGCAUUGGUUUCUUGACUGAGUCUGAAUAGCUGGUCCUCUGUUUUCAAUAAAAUAUUCAUAAGAAGCA